GCCCCCUCGGCUCCCCUUCUCCAUUUUCCCACUGAGUCUCCAGCGCGGCAGGCGCGUUUCCUGCGCUCCCAUCAUCCCAGCGCCAGGAGGAAAGGAAAAAAAAAAAGCCCCCAAUUCCUGCAGGAGAAGCCCAGCGGGGGCAGGCCGCCCUUCUGCGGCUCCUAGAGCCCAGGCCUCGCUUGCCCUUCCUGCAGGCCUGCGGAGGGGCCUGGAGUCACUGCCCGGGGAGGCCCCGUGCAGACUCUCGUGGGCGCCGCCAAUCCAGAGCCAUCCGCCUCUCCGAGGGACCCGGAGCCCGGGACAAUGGAGCCUCCCGAGGCAGCAGACGGCCACGAGGAAACCGUGAGUGGGGAAGGACUGAACCCGCCAGCCCCGAAGCCCCGGGGGCCCAAGAAAGGCCCCGCCACCCCCAAAACGGUGACCACGAGGGCCGCGGCCAGGAUCAGGGCAAAGGCCCUCCCCUCCUCCAGAAAGGCCCCUAAGGCAAAGGAGGAGGAGGAGGAGGAGGAGCAAAAGGCCUUGGGUGGGGAAGAAGAAGCGGCUAAGGCCGAAGGGGGGGAGGGGGAGCAAGGCGGGCAAGAGAGCCCCCUGGUGGACGAACCUAAACAUUCCCAGGCUUCUCAGCCCCAGCCCUUGCAACCUCUAACAAAGGAGGUUGGUCAGACGGCUAGCCCGGUGCAGUCACCGGAUGGGGCCGGAGAGCAACUUUCUGACCCGACGCUUCCAAUGAUAGAACAGGAUGAGCUUUCGUCCCUCCCUUCGGUGUCAAAUCUCCCACCGGAAACUCCUUGGGAGGAGCCGGCUGCUAAAAGGGCAAAGAUUACCCCAGAGGCUACCUCCACUCCUGCAGUGGCGGGACUUCGCCCAAAGGAGACGCAGGAGCCCGAAAAGUCCCUCCCAAAGGAGACGCAGCACCCACAAAUUACCCCGCGAAUGAGACUAAUGAUUUCGGAGGCCAUUGCUCGGGGCAUUGCCGCAGGCAUGCAACAAAACCAGCAGGCGGCCUCUGACCACACUCCACACGAGGGCCAGCCUCCUGCACCCGAUAAUCCCAGGGACGUAGCUGCUCUUCCCAGGCCCCUUUCCCCUGCCCCUUCCAUACACAGCCAAGAAUCCCUCUUGGACGAUGAGGAACCUCAAGGGUCGAUGGUGUCUGAGGACAAAGGAGGGACUACGGAUACCCUGGCCUUCACAGGGCUCUUCAACCCUGCCUUGUUUAAGACGCUUCUCCACAGAGCCAAGGCCACGGCUCGGAUAGAGGAUUCGUCCGCAUCAGAUCCGGCCUCGGGUUUAUCUGACCCCAAUAGUCUGGUGUUCUCGGAGCCCACCAUAGAUAACGAGGAGAUCCCCUCCCCGAAACUGUUCCUGGAUGUCAUCCAGCAACAAUGGGACCAACCAGGGAGGUAUCCGGGCCAGAGCAUGACUGACAAGCAGUUCUACAAUGUGGCCCCGAACCUCACGGCGGCCUUAGAAAUGCCAACCAUCGACAAGCCCGUGGCGGCCUUAGCCUGCGCCGACAUAAUAACCAAUAACCUGGAUGAAGCUUUGAAUGCAGAAGACAGGAGAGCUGAGGUAUCGCUCCGCAAAGCCUAUAAUUCGGCUGCUUGGGCGAUUAAGGCGGCUACGGCGGCUUCCUUCUUCAACAGAACUUCCGUGCUCUGGCUCAAAGAGAUGCAAGCCAGAAUCCCAGCCACCGACCUCCAAGCUCACCAAGCCCUCAACAACCUGGUAAUGGCAGCAGAAUACUCUGCCGAUGCCACACUGAACUCGGCCAAGUUCGCUUCCAUCUUCCAUCUUCUCUUCUGUGACCGCCCGACGGCUGCUGUGGCUCCGUUAUUGGCAGGCAACCGUAAAGUUCAAGUGGAAGUUGGCCACAGCCCCCUUCAAAGGGGGCAACCUAUUCGGAGAGGCCUUAGAGCCUGUGCUCAUAGAGACGGAAGACAAAAAGAAGGUCCUACGCUCUAUGUGCAGACGCCCCGACCGGCGGUCUAAAAAUACUUUCUCCAGAGCAGCCAACACUGCACAGGGCUUCUCACAACCACAGGGGGCAUACUUCCAGCCUCAGGAUCGCCAAUCCAAUAGGCGGUCUCAAAAUCCUUCCUUCACAGCAGCGGACACCGCACAGGACUUCUCACAACCACAGGGGGCAUACUUCCAGCCUCGGGAUCGCCAAUCCAAUAGGUGGUCUCAAAAUCCUUCCUUCACAGCAGCGGACACCGCAGACGACUUCUCACAACCACAGGGGGCAUACUUCCAGCCUCAGGAUCGCCAAUCCAAUAGGUGGUCUCAAAAUCCUUCCUUCACAGCAGCGGACACCGCAGACGACUUCUCACAACCACAGGGGGCAUACUUCCAGCCUCAGGAUCACCAAUCCAAUAGGUGGUCUCAAAAUCCUUCCUUCACAGCAGUGGACACCGCAGACGACUUCUCACAACCACAGGGGGCAUACUUCCAGCAUCAGGAUCGCCAAUCUGAUAGGCCCGGCAACAGAGGGAAUAACAGGCAGCAGUUCCAGUCCAAACAGUCAUUUCAAGGCAAAGGAAAUCAGCCGCCUAAGUCUGUUCAUGACUCAGUGGGAGGAAACGACCGCAGAUCCAACGUUGCGGACACCGACGGUCCUGAACACCGUCCGACUAGGCGUCGCUCUCGAUUUUCUCCCGAGACCCCCAAGGUUGAUGAUACACCUGUUGGACAUUCAAGUGAUUCUCGACCUACAAAGACUCAACAAGCAUCUAGUAAGCAAGACCAUCAAACUGCAGCCCCUCCAGUCCAUACUGGAGAGCAUCCAGGAGGGCGACAUCCUGAUGUCAAUAGGUCUAACAGAAGUAUACCUACACCUCCCUAUGUUGCCGGCUCAUCAGCGAUUCCUAUGGUUUUGGUACACGAACCAGGGUUACCAGUACAGGACCCUCCCGUUCAGCCUGUUUUCAGCAACCAGAACAUUCGCUCAGAUCCUAGCAAUUCUCUUGGCUCACCUCAGGACUAUCCCUAUUCGCGUCCAACGCUACCUGAGCGACAUAUUGAUCCAAACCACCCACCUCCGGCCAACAGAAGACCUCCGCUUCACAUUCCGGAACCUGCAGUAGCACGGAUUCUCACUCAACUACGACAAGACCUAAUUCUCGCCUACCGACAGAGUAUUUCACCUAGGAGCACAAAUAGACAGGACAGCAGGCACAGUCUCCCUGCCCCAGGACCGCCAGGGCAGCAUCAGAACUCUGGCGAACCAGAUCCGAGGAGGCCUCCUCUCACAAAUGUUAGGCAAGGUGGUGUCGUCUAUCGCCAUCCUUCCCUGGACACGUCUGCAUACCAGGGCCGUGCAGUGGCUCCUCCUGCCUUACCAGAAAUGUGGCCGGAGCGAUAUAACUACCGGAGUUCGGAUCCCAUCAGAAGACCUCCAGUGAUGGAUGUCAGCGGCCAUAACCAGGGGAGGUACGUUCAAAAAACCGAACCGGCUCGCUAUGAAUACGGACACCAGUCUGUUCGGCCACGGAGCCCACAGGGAGAUCCAGAUGACACAUGGCCAGUGGUCACAGGAGGACGUACAAAACAACAGCAGCCGGCACCACGUUCUUCUCCUGAGAGACGACGUAGCCAGCAAGACUCCUAUCAAAGGCCAAGAGAGCAGCCACCCCAGGACCCCCGGGAGAGAAGGCGGUCAGAGGGCAGAACGGGAUCUUCUACCCCUGCGCGCAGAAGAUAACACAGGAACAUCCAAUGUACAGGCGGACCCAUUUUGGGCACCGCACCCUCCCCCCCCACCCCCUGUGCCCCAUUUUGGGCCUACAGGCCUCCCUGCAGCCUCCUGGGACCAAAAACGGGCCGUGGGGAGGCGCUGCACCCCCACCUCACAUAUCCCGUUUUGGGCCUACAGGCCUCACUGCAGCCUCCUGGGACCAAAAAUGGGCCAUGAGGGGGCGCUGCACCCUCACCCCACAUACCCUGUUUUGGGCCUACAGGCCUCCCUGCAGUCUCCUCGGACCGAAAACGGGCCAUGAGGGGGCGCUGCACCCCCACCUCACAUACCCUGUUUUGGGCCUACAGGCCUCCCUGCAGCCUCCUGGGACCAAAAACGGGCCAUGAGGGGGCGCUGCACCCCCACCUCACAUACCCAGUUUUGGGCCUACAGGCCUCCCUGCAGCCUCCUGGGACCAAACAUGGGCAGUGUGCGGUUGGGGGAGGGGCUAGCAGGCCGCCUUGUUGUCUGUGUUAUCGUGCGUCCCUCGCACGACACCCAAUUGUGCGCAGCUUUUAUCAGAGGCACGACUAACUUAAAAGCCUCCAACGGCGCACCGGUAUCCCACCUGGGAACUACCUUUCUUUUCCCACAGUUUUUCUUCUCCCACAGUUUUUCUUCUCCCACAGUCUUUUCUUCUCCCACAGUCUUUCAAGAUAGUUCAGAAUUCCCGACCUUUAUCAGGCUUGGCGAGUAGCCAGGCCGAUAUUUUUCCAGACCCCCACAAUGCUUGGCAAGAACGCAGGAAUGAACUAAUUGUCUCCUGCAAGCUCCAUUCCCCUUUUGCUCCUCUUUUAUUCCCUCUGGGAGAGGCCAUUCAUCGUCCACCUGUGGCUUUACUCCUGAGUUGACCCUUGUUGUUUAGCUGUUCCCUUCAUCUGGCAACUCUGCGCAAGCACGCGCACACUAGGAACAGGCUCCAGCUCUUUGCCUGCCUCACUGAUGUCUGACUCCAAAGGCAGCUGAAAACUGUCAGACGGCUCUGGCCGCCUCUCUGCCUCCGACACAGAGCCCUCGUCCGAGCCUUCUCCAGACUCUAGGACUGGCCCAGGUUCUUCCCCGAAUCUGCUGCCAGAUCCGCUAGUGGGCCGCAUCACAUCCAUCGCCAAAUCGUAUGAACUUUGGGCUCUUCCAUUGCCUCGGCGAGUGACAGCCAACUCCACGAGAAGCAGUCCUCCAUCGAGAUUGCAGAGGUGGAUGCCUUCGGUUCCGGUGAAGCGGCUUUCGGCAGACGAGGUUGGAGUUGGAUGUUUGCACCAUUCUCCGCUUAUCCGGGCCUCUGAAAGAGCAGUACGCAAAGGGAGCUGAAUUUGGAGAAUUGCAGAGGAAAUGUUGAGGGGUUUUUUUUGCACGCAGGAACAUGGCCUGGAUUUCCAGCGGCUUUUAGACGGCACCGAUUACAAGGAACUUUAUCGGGAAGACAUGAUCCAUUGGGAAGAGCGACCGCCAGAGCGAUCCCGGUUUCUUUUGCCGCAUUGUGGUGGAAGGCGUGACGCAACCCAUCUGGAUCGUGAGCGACUCCCGGCGGUCGUCGGACGUGGAAUGGUUCCGUGAUGUGUACGGGAAGCGGGUUCACAAAUCGUGCGGGGGAUCGCCACGAAGGAAACCCGGAGAAGUCUUCAGCCUGGACUCCCCUCCCCACAUUCUGAAUAUCCUCCCAGCUGUUUGCAAGACCCUCCCCAAUUUCCUGCCUGUUUUGCUGUGUAUACCGUGUUAAUUGCUAAUAUUAAUCAGAAUGCCC